UUUAGCGCAGUGACGGCAGUCAUACCUAUUGCGCAAUUGAUUGCUGAACAGCACCUGUACAGAUGAGUGUGAACAGUUAUCCUGCCGUCACAUUCAGUGACUGACAUUAACCAGCUAAGCUAACAGAGGCUGCGCAGGCGUUGCUCAGUUUAUGCAGUUUGGACUUAAAGCAUCAUUAAUUACGUUACGAAAGGCACCGUCACACUUUUUUGUGAUGGAUUCAUCUGACAGCGAGGGGAACCUCAAUCACGUGGUGAGGACCGUGGGGCUAAAUGAUGCUCCUGACAGCACCACCGGACAGAGAGACACCUCACCCGCAGACAUGCUGAGAAUAAAACAGCAGAUGUCCAGCCAGUUUGAGAUGGCAGUACAGCUCAAUGCAGGAAAAAGUAAAAGGUCAUGCAGCGCAUCUGAAGCAGAGAGAGACCUGCCAGAAUGUAUGAGUGAGCUCGAAAGUGUGAAGACGCUUCUUAACAGCACAUUGGCCCUGCACAGAAUGCAGAUGUGGCACGCUAUCGGAGAAAAGCUGAACUGGAGUGACUCUGAAGCAGAUGCCCUGAAAGCCAUAAGCCGCUGCAUGAGCCUUUGUUCACACAUAAAACACCUUCAACAGGUAAUCAAAGAGUUUCAAGAUGAAAUUACAGAAAUGCAGAAGAGCAGACUUGAGAUGAAACGACUCACGCGUGAGAAAAUCAAACAGAUGGAAGAGUUGUCGUCAAAGAAGGAGUACCCAGAUAUGGAAAUAUACAAGGCUGUGUUGGAGAAGGGCCAAGCAAACCUGGAGAAAUAUAAAAGUGGCAUCAUGGCACAAAAUGUUCUCAGGGGCAUCCUUCUGGCCUGUAAAGUCAACUGGCUGGAUGAUCCCAAACUUCGAGACAUCGUCAUGACACUUGAGGAGUUUCCCAUUUCUGAAUAGAGAUGGAAGUCUUUUGUUUAUGUUGUGUUUAAAUAAACUGUUUUAAAAACA